CGGCGCGCGGCCGGCGCCCGGCGGCAGCAUGAGCCAGGCGGAGCUGUCCACCUGCUCGGCGCCACAGACGCAGCGCAUCUUCCAGGAAGCGGUGCGCAAGGGCAACACGCAGGAGCUGCAGUCACUGCUGCAGAACAUGACCAACUGCGAGUUCAACGUGAACUCGUUCGGUCCCGAAGGCCAGACAGCGUUGCACCAGUCGGUCAUCGACGGCAACCUGGAGCUGGUGAAGCUGCUGGUCAAGUUCGGCGCCGACAUACGCCUGGCCAACCGCGACGGCUGGAGCGCGCUGCACAUCGCCGCCUUUGGCGGCCACCAGGACAUCGUGCUUUAUCUCAUCACUAAGGCCAAGUAUGCGGCCAGCGGCCGGUGAUGCCCGCCCGGACCCUGAACCCCUCCAGCCCGCGCCCGCGUCAUCUCUGCUGUACCUUCCAGCCAUCUACCUCGGUGUACACUAGGGUCGCAGGCCCGCCGGCAGCCCAGCCCUUGGCGCCCGCAGCCACGACGAGGACAGAGUGCGCGUCCGCGGCCCCGGGGCCCGCCGCCCCGCCGGCCAGCGCCUCCCCUCGGUGGUGCCUGGCUGCCCGGCCCGGUCCAAGCGCCUUCCCACGGUCCCCGCCUGCCGCCUCGCGGGUGGGGGCGGGGCGCAGGCGCCAGCCCCUUUUGAAAUUUGAGUCUCACAACCAGUGAGUUCGGAAUCCCGAGAUACCGGAUCCUCGGCUCAGAAGGCUUUCUCCCGAAGCUGAAAGGCGCGCGGCGGGGGCGCGGCGGACUCGGGCGCCCAUCGCCGCCCACGGGACCCGCCAUCCCGUAGGGCCGCAGAGCAGUUACCGCGCGCCACAAAGGAGAUGUUCGCUGUCCCUGGUGCCCCAAACUAUUUAUCAAGUGUGUGUAUAUUUGUGGGUGAAGUUUGUGCGCCUGAUUUUUGUUUGGAAAAUAUUAUGCGUGGUCAAUGUGGUCAUGGGGGAAAGAUGCAUUUUUUUCUAGUCUUAAAACUAAAAACUUGAGUCUACCAUUUCUUGGUUGCACUGAAAAUACCGCCUAGCCCGACGGUUUCCCCUUUGCUCUUCCCUCCCCUGCCCCAACCCCCUGUCGCUCCUGCCUCCUCUUCUCUCCCUCUCCUCCUCCCUCUCCCUGCAUCCCGAGUGAGUUUUGGAAGCCCAAGGCCACCAUCUCGCAAACCGGCUGGUUUUGCAAAGUCUCCUAAGGGGCCUGGAAGCUCGCUGGUGCUCGCGGGGCAGGGAUGUGGGGGUAGGAGCCGUCGUUACCCUUACUCGUGAGUUCUAUUAUAGUUAACUGUCGGUUGCACACUUUUUUAAAAAAGUAAAUGGAUUUGCCGCGAUUAAAUGUCAUAACAUUUAUGACAAUAUAAACUAUUAACAUAUUUUAAGCCAAGUUUUAGGUGUAUGUUUUGAAUCUUGGUUUUAAACCCAAUUUUAAAGGGCGUUGUAUCCAGCGUUGUGAAGGCAACAGUGUACCCAUAUUUAUAUUUUUAUAAAAUGCCUAUAAGACUGUGAAUCUCUCGUGCUGUUGCUGAGUGGAAGGGCCCCUGAGCCCUUCCUCGGCCUCCCCGGCUCGAGGACCCACUUGGGAUCCGAGGAUCUGCCGUGGGGGAGGGGCUGCGCCGAGGACGGGACGGCAGAGGCGCUAGAGCGUCGCUAGCAGUCGCGAAAGGAGCCUUCCUGGUUUCUGUGGUUCCGAUUUUCUAUGCAACCCCAUACCCCUUGUUUUGAUCCUGGGAAAUAAAAGGGAGGCUGAAUUAUUCAAAUUUAAAUGAGGUUUCCCCUUGUAGAAGUGCUGCUGACCCUGCGUGCAAAAAUGGGGAGCACUUGAGGACACAGGUGGGUGGAGGCCCUUUGUGCUGGCUGGUCACGUGCGGCCUCUUCGGCUUUUUAAGGAACGUGUGAGAAGAAUAUGUUGAUAAUGUCAGUGAAAUAAGCAGACAUUGAAACAAGCACAGAUUACUCCAAAAGGAGUUCUGUAUAUUUUUUCUACAUGCAAAUGCCUUUUUAAUUAUGUUAAUUAAUGUUAAGACUCCUAGGCUUAUGUUGGAGCUGCUAUGGGCCCGGGUUUGAUCACUUCCAACUGGACAGAGUCUGCAGCACAUCCUGAGUGUACGAUAUAGACUUGUAGCCCAGCAUGAAAAAUUUAUAAAUAAAUUUUUCAUUGAUCUUUUUAUAUUAAAAAAAAAUGAG